AUGCGCCUCUACAUCGAUUACCAGCGACUGAAUGAAGUAACGAUAAACAAUGACGACCUGUUCGACCAGCUCAAGGGCGCCAGAUACUUCUCAAAGAUUGACCUACGAUCGGGGUAUCACCAGCUGAGAAUCAGGGAUAAGGAUAUCCCUAAAACCGAAGAAGAAGUGAAUUUUCUAGGGCACAUAGUGAAGGAAGAAGGCAUCGCAGUCGAUCCCACUAAAGUUGAAGCGGUAUCCAAGUGGGAUCAGCCCACCACGGUCAAUGAGGUCCGAAGCUUUUUGGGCAUGGCAGGAUACUAUAGAUGCUUCAUCAAGAAAUUUUCAAGGAUCACGCGACCGCUUACCCAAUUGACAAAAAAGAACAACCAAUUGCCUGGGAUGAGAACACGAAAGCAGCUUUCUGAGAGUUGA